AUGGCUUUGGAACCUAUUGAUUACACCACCCACUCGAGAGAGAUUGACGCCGAGUACCUGAAGAUCGUCAGAGGCUCCGAUCCUGACACCACCUGGUUGAUUAUUUCACCCAAUGCGAAGAAGGAAUACGAACCGGAGUCUACCGGCUCCUCCUUCCACGACUUCUUACAGUCGUUCGACGACACCAAGGUACAGUACGGGCUGGCACGUGUUUCUCCACCGGGCUCGGACGUUGAGAAGAUUAUUAUCAUCGGCUGGUGUCCCGAUUCCGCUCCAUUGAAGACAAGGGCUUCCUUCGCCGCUAAUUUUGCCACGGUGGCCAACAACCUGUUCAAGGGCUACCACGUCCAGGUCACCGCCAGAGAUGAGGACGAUCUUGACGAAAAAGAACUGUUGAUGAAAAUUAGCAACGCCGCCGGUGCUCGCUACUCCAUCCAAACUUCCUCCAAGCAACAGGGAAAGACCUCCACUCCUCCCGUUAAAAAAUCUUUCACGCCUUCAAGGAGUCCCGCUCCAGCUCCUGGAAAAGUACCUGAUGAGACUCCUUCCCCAGCACCUGCUGCUAAGGUUUCCUCCCGUAGCAACGACGACGAUGACGACGACGAUUGGAAUGAGCCUGAAUUGAAGGAGCGUGACUUCGAUCAGGCUCCUUUGAAACCAAACCAGUCUUCCUACAAACCAAUUGGCAAGAUCGAUUUGCAGAAAGUAAUUGCUGAAGAAAAGGCUAAGGAAGACCCACGUCUUGUUCAAAAGCCAACCGUUGCUGGUUCCAAAAUCGACCCUACUUCGGACAUUGCUCAUUUGAAAAAAGAAUCGAAGUUGCAGAGAGACUCUGAAAUUAGCUCCUUUUUGGGCACCACUAAACCACCCUCCAUGGUAGAAGCUUCAUUAAAGAACAGCAAUGAUAAAGUCAUCAAGGGUUUCAGAAACGAAAAGUCCCCCGCCCAAUUGUGGGCUGAAAGGAAGGCCAAGGCUAAACAAAAUGGUGGCGAAGUGGAAACAAAGACUGAGCCAUUAGAGCCUAAAGUUCCGGAAAAAGAAUCUGAUGGUGAGCCGGAUGUCAAAGAUUUGAAGUCAAAAUUCGAAGAAAUGGCCGCUUCAGAGAAAAAAGAAGAAGAAUUGGAAAAGAGAAAUGUCCCUCCACCAAAGAAAUCCGAGCCAACCAUCAUUUCACCCAAACCCUUCUCUAAGCCGCAAGAACCUGCCAGAGAUGAAGAAUCUCAACAGGUCAAGAUUGACUACAAAAAGUUCGGCAAUCCAUUGCCCGGUAUGCACGUUGGAGCCGAUGUAGCAGACGAAGAGGAAGACGAUGGUGACUGGGACGAUGACGAAGGCGCUGCUUCUGAACCUCCUUUACCUUCCAGAAACGUUGCCCCAGGGCCACUAAAACAAGAAGAAGAACCUGAACAAAAGGAGCCCGUCCCAAGUUUACCCUCGAGGAGCUCAAGAGAUGAAGAAGCAUCUGAACAAGAGGAAACACCUGAAGAAGAAGAGGAAGAUAUUCCCCAGUUACCAUCAAGGAAUACCGCAGCUCCUCCUCCACCUCCAAGAAGAGCAACCCCUGAAGAAAAACCAAAAGAAAAUCCAUGGGCAACCGCAGAGUACGAUUACGAUGCUGCAGAAGAUAACGAAUUGACUUUUGUAGAAAAUGACAAGAUCGUCAAUAUCGAAUUUGUUGACGAUGAUUGGUGGCUAGGUGAACUAGAAAAAGAUGGCUCAAAGGGUCUUUUCCCAAGUAACUAUGUGUCCUUGGGCAACUAG